AUGGCCAAGCAAGCGUAUAGUGAAGUUGUGUCCCAGUUUGGUCGACGGAUUCUGCCUGAUUAUCAUCCAUAUACACAGUUUGUUGCACGAGUAGCCAAAAGGAUCGUUAAAGUAUCGGGCAUGGAUAAUUUACAAUGGGAGUUCCAUGUCAUUAAUUCAAAUGAGCCAAAUGCAUUCGUUCUUCCCGGAGGAAAAGUGUUUGUGUUUACAGGCAUUUUGCCAAUUGUGGAAAAUGAAGAUGGUAUGGCUGCAGUACUAGGUCACGAAAUUGCACAUCAAUUAGCAAGACACAGUGCCGAGAAACUAAGCUUUUCAAAAAUCAUCCUGCUCUUGCAAUGGAUAUUGAUGGCCUUUGGCAUUAGUCCUACACUCUUAAACCAAUUCGCCAUGAGCUUUAUACUUGAGAGGCCGUUCUCUCGCAAAUGUGAAACGGAAGCAGAUGAGAUUGGAUUACAACUGAUGGCGCAGGCGUGUUAUGAUCCACACGAGGCUGUGAAUAUGUGGAAACGCAUGGAGAGGGCAGGUGGUGGCGACAUACCCCAGUUCAUGAGUACCCAUCCAAGUCAUAAGAACCGUGUUGCUUACCUUGAGAAAGAGAUGCCGAGUGCAUUAGCUAAGCGUGCAUCAAGUGAUUGUACGACCGAACUCAAGAAUUUUGCAGACAUGUUCAACGCUGAGUGGGUGCGGUGGUAG